CGAACGUCUAAACAGCUGUUCUGCUGCUGGAUGGUUGCUUUGACAGAGAGGUUGAAGGAUAAAGCGAAUGUUUUGUUUAAAUUUCAUCCUUUUAAAUGAUAUCGCGAAUAUUCCGUGGCGAAAAUGAGAAUGUCGCAGUCAAGAGAAAACGGCAAAUCGAUACCCUGAAAAUUUUUAAUGACAAUGUAGUAGAAUUAAGAGAAGAUGUUGAAUAUCAAGUACAAUUCAACGCGGGGGACAGGAGAAUGGCUAUUGUGGUUUCUUUGUCACCUGAGUUUCCGAUGGAAAAGCCAGUAUUAAGGGUCUCCCCGCCCAUAAGUCAUCCUUGGUGCAACGAACACAGCGAAGUGACAAGUGCGCCUGGGCUUCUUAAUUUUACAGUGCACAGCGAUCUUGGUCGUGUCGUUCAAGCUAUCAUUAGGGAGUUCAGUAAGAAUCCUCCGCAACUGUUGGAAGACGUUUCUCCUGUGAAAUCGCACAGAGAUUUGCAAGGAAGAAAUUCACCAUCAUACUCUCUGCAACAGUAUCCAGAAGUCCCUACAUCGUACAACUCUUAUUACACAACCCAAUAUCCACAAUAUUCGUCCGUCAGCGCGAACACUAGUAUUUAUAACUACAAUCAUACAAAUUCGGGUACGGCGUACGUAACGGACAGCCAUACGAAAUUUGGUUCACCGUCCCAGCAUUCAGCGUACAUCGCUACCUCGAGGAGCAGCUCUAUUCAUAAUACAGACCCGUCUAGAUACAAUUCGACGUAUUUAAAUUCCCAUUAUUCGAACGCGAAUUACCGUCAGCAAUCAUUGCCGAGUCAGGCGCAAACGAAGCCUCGACAGAGCGUCGCGUUUCCAGAAUUAAACGGUUUAACUAACGAGGAAUUGAAACGGCUCACCGAGGACGACGACAGAUUAGAUGAAUUCCUAGAUAAUCAUUCCAACUUAAAAGACAUUAACAUAGCCAUCGACGAAGCAAUAGAUUGGGUCCAAAAAACUGCCGAGGCCAACGUAGCCAAAGAACCUGAGCUUAGAGAAUUACAAUCUGAUGUAGCGAGUAAGGUGCAAACUGUAACUGUACUAAAGGCUAGAUACGAUCAGCUGAUACAACGAUACAAUAAAUUAUCCGACGUGUUCACUCCGGAUCAUAUAAAGGAGUGUUUGAAGAAAGCAGCGGACGAAAGUCACGAGGAAAGUGAGAAGAUAGCCGAAGACUUUCUGAACAGGAAGAUCGACGUCGAACGCUUCCUGAGCACCUACAUCGAAUGCAGGAAGUUGGGUCAAGCGAGAAGAACUAAAGAGGAGAAGUUGGCGCAUCAAUUGAACGAAUUGAAACGAGCUGGUUAUUAAAACGAUGUAUAAUCUUAAUCUUUUCUAUGAAUCGAACAAAUUGUAAAUAAUGCCUAGUUAAAUUGAAUAGCAUUCGUGUUUACUGAAUAUCUAUUAUAUGGCAGAAAGAUACUCGCUGGCAGAGAACAUUUUUAUGACGUACUACUACGUUACUCCAUCGCUUGUUAUAUAUAUAUUUGUGCUACGUCGAAAUUCAGUUCGAUCGUGUGGCAUGAAGAAAGGAAGAAAGAUAAUUUAAAAAGCGUGAAAGUGCACACGUGGGUUGAUUGAAUUCUUUAAAAUUAUUAAAUGUGUGUAUGUGAAGUAAACAAAGGGUUGGUCAAACUGUAAAAAAAAAAGAAAAAAAGGAAAAAAAUAAUACUGGAAUUAAUUUUAAAUGUACUUAUCUUUUCAUACAGAAAGUGUCUUUUAAAUGAAUUUAAGUAUCCCGUUGCUGCGCUGUGACAUGUUACAAUUUCGUCGAUGUCAUUCUAAACGAGGCACUUUUUUUACUAUGUAAAUAAACGUGCGAAGAAUAUGAUUAAAUCAAUUUUUCAAGGUUUGCUA